UUUUAGGUCUGUACGAGCUGUGGAAGACAGGCAGAUAUAAAAGUUAUCCUCCCGAUGUGUUGAUCGAUCUGGUUGCUAGGAUACUGGCUCUAGUACCACCUUGGACGAGAAUUUACAGAGUUCAAAGGUAACAUUGCGGACGCACUGUAUGGUAUCCAGGAUAGAGUGGGUUUUUGUUUCACCUCUAUAUAUAGAGAGAAUACAGUAGACAUAAAGAUUAGGUUCAGUUUAGGUUUCCUGUCUCACUAGAAUAGUUAAAAACUAAAAGAGAUGACCAGUACACAGUAAAUAGAAGUUUAAUUUCGAUCUCUUUUUGAAAAGAUAAAUUAUUUUCAUGAAAGCUUGGUAAAAUUGUAAGACAAACAUGACUUUACAUAAUUCUAGAGAUAUUCCCAUGCCGUUGGUGACUUCUGGUGUAGAACAUGGUAAUCUCAGGGAACUGGCUCUGGCAAGAAUGAAAGAUCUGGGAACCACGGUAAGUGAACAUACAUACAGUACAUGUACUGUAUACAUUCUUCAUAUGAAGACAGGCUAAGCCUUUCCUGUCCGUAUGUGUUUUCUCUGUUACCAAUUUACAUUUCUGCGCAGCCCAAUUGGUAUCCAAGUGUACAAUAAUAAAUUAGAAAUUUUGUUUAGUGUCGAGAUGUGAGGACGAGAGAAGUUGGAAUACAGGAGAUUCAUCAUAAAGUCAAACCAUAUGAGGUCGAGUUAAUUCGUCGUGAUUAUGUUGCUAAUGGAGGCUGGGAAACCUUUCUUUCUUAUGAAGAUCCAACACAAGAUAUCCUUUACAUCAACUACGAUAACAGCGACAACGACAACAACAAUAACAACACCAGCAACAACAACAACAACAGUAACAACAACAACAACAGCAACAACAACAACAACAGCAACAACAACAACAACAACAACAACAACUGCAACAACAACAACAACAACAACAACAACAACAACAACAACAACAACAACAACAACAACAACAACAACAACAACAACAACAACAACAACAACACAACAACAGCAGCAACAGCAGCAACAACAACAGCAACAAUAACAACAACAGCAAUAACAACAACAGCAAUAACAACACUGUACUUGAAAAUGAGUAUUUUUACGUUACCGUCUCUUAACUGUUGUAAGAUAUCCUUAUUGGUCUUCUUCGUCUUCGUCAGUGCGCAGGAGAUACAUAUCGUCCUGAACUGUUGGGGAAAUGUUCUAUAG